UUGUAUCCCGAGGAAAAUGCAUGCAUACAACGAAUAGUGGAAGAGGGUGUGCACCUGUGGAACAAGUUUGGGAGUGAUAAACAAAACUGCUGCGUCACAGGUUUAUCCACCAACCAGGUGAUGCUAAAAUGACUGUUUGGCUUCCUAUCUGUUCCCUCUGUGGCGCUGGCAGUUAGUAUCUGUAAGGCUUGCGGUCUAUUUGAUUUCACCGCUAAGCAGACAUUAACUUCCUCCAGGCUGAUGUUUUAUAUCAAACCCGUGCCAGCCCUGACACGAGGAGGGACGAACAUUCUCUUCAAAUGUUUACAAUCGACCGUUUCCUCCUCCUCGGCGACCCAGACAGAGCCGCAGAAAGAGGUUAGCAGCCGCGGCCGCGCUCAACAUGACACGGCACGGUCUGAGUGUGCCGGACAGCCGAGGAGACGAGGGGGAGACGGCAUCACCACCGCUGCAACUAAUGAGAUCUCCGUGGACUUCGACCAUACACGGGAGGCUUAUAAGAGCAAAGACUCAUUAGAGCUGCUCAGAAGUUUGGUGGUUUUUAAGCUCUGCUCCUAUGACUUCCUGGUUGAUAAGAAUAAAGAGAUAAUGGAUCUAGGUAAGAAGAUCCUGGGACAGAAAGCCUUUGACCAGUUCAUGAAGAUGACAUUUUAUGGCCAGUUUGUAGCUGGUGAGGACCAUGUAACCAUCAGACCGCUUAUCCAGAAGAAUCAGGCUUUCGGUGUCGGCUCUGUCCUAGACUACAGUGUGGAGGAAGACAUCAGCCAGGAGGAGAUCGAGCAGAAAGAGAUCAACUCAUGUGUAUCCGCUGCAGAGAAAGAAAGCAUAGGCGAGGACCACAGAGGGAAAAAAUAUGAAGCGCACAAACAGUUAAGGGACCCUCAUAGGGGAGUGACUUAUUUCUAUGCUGAUGAGGCCAAAUGUGACCAGCAUAUGGAGACCUUCAUCAAAUGCAUCAAAGCAUCUAGUGGGAGUUCAAUGGAUGGUUUUUCUGCCAUCAAAAUGACUGCUCUUGGAAGACCUCAGUUUCUGCUCCUGUUCUCAGAGGUCCUGGUGAAAUGGCAGCGAUUUUUCACCUUCCUGGCCUCUCAGCAGGGGAAAGAUGGCAUGGAGGCCUUAGAGCAGAGGCUGGAGCUGAAACAACUGCAGGAAUUCCUGACAAAACUGGGUGCAAAAGGUGACUUCUUUGGCUGGUUUAGUAAAGAAGAAUCUUCAGGUACCAUAGACAUGCUCGACUGGAACAGCCUAAUUGCCGACAGAACAAAGAUAUCGGACCUGCUGGUUGUGCCAAAUGUAGAGUUAGGUGAGCUGGAACCACUACUGAAGAAUUUCGCCAUAGAAGAAGAGAAGCAAAUGAAGAGGAUAUUAGAGCGCAUGGAUGUUUUAGUCAAGCAUGCCAUGGAGAAUGGUGUCCGUUUGAUGGUGGAUGCAGAGCAAACCUACUUCCAGCCAGCUAUCAGCACACUGACACGGGAGAUGCAGAGGAUCUAUAACAGAGAAAAGCCUGUCAUCUUCAACACCUACCAGUGCUACCUCAAGGAGGCCUAUGACAAUGUAACUUUGGACGUAGAAUUGUCUCGACGUGAGGGCUGGCAUUUCGCUGCCAAGCUGGUGCGUGGAGCCUACAUGUAUCAGGAGCGAGAGAGGGCCGAAGAGAUUGGUUAUGAAGACCCUAUUAACCCUGAUUAUGAGUCCACCAAUAGAAUGUACCACAGGUGUUUGGACUAUGUGCUGGACGAGAUUGCUCUCAACAGAAAUGCCAAUGUGAUGGUCGCUUCCCAUAAUGAGGACACGGUGAAACACACCUUGAGGAGAAUGAAUGAGCUGGGCCUCUUACCCACAGACAACAAGGUGUACUUUGGUCAGCUACUGGGAAUGUGUGAUCAAAUCAGCUUCCCAUUGGGCCAGGCAGGCUUCCCAGUCUAUAAGUACGUCCCCUAUGGGCCGGUGAAUGAGGUGAUUCCCUACCUGUCUCGGAGAGCCCAGGAGAACCGAGGCUUCAUGAAAGGAGUCCAAAAGGAGAGGGAGCUUCUGUGGCAGGAGCUGAAACGCAGACUUACCUCUGGGGAGCUUUUCUACAGACCUGCGUACUGAAAACACAGAAGAAGAGACAAAGAGGAGUGUGUCAACGUGUCGAGUUUUCUUUUUUUUUUUGUUUUGUUUUUCUUUUAUCUUCCCCGGUUGACAGCUGCGGCUGUGGCUGUCUGUUCCAUCUCUACCUCUGUACAGCUCUCCCUGGAUGUACAUCUCCAGUUCUAUCCUGUCCUGGUGUUUCAGUGCUGAUGGACUGUUUCGGUGUGUCACUCCCUUUUUUCUGUCUCCUAGCUGUUGUUUUUCUCCAUUCUGUUGCUCUCUGAUCUUCUUCAUCCAUUCCAGUGUUCACUGCCCAUGUUCUCUCUUUUUCUUUUCCUUAGCCACCUCUGCAUCCAUAAGCUUCCCUUAUUUUGUGUUCUUGUUGUCUAUUGAGCUGUGGUAUCCAUCAAAUGGGCAUCUUUACUGCUCUGAAAGGACUCCCUUAAAUGUCAACGAGACGCCGAGCGGGCAUCUCUUUUUAUCACCAUAUUUAUCUUGGAGAGGGACAACAAUAAUAAAAAUAACAGGCUUGAUUUAAAUGAUAGUAAAGGAAACAUCAAUAUUCUCCUCCUAUAUGUUUUUUUGAAAGCCACACAGUCCCCAGAGGAGGCUUAUCUGUACUGUAUAUGUGUGUGCUGUGUUUGAGUUUGUACUGCAGGUUUAAAAAUGAUGCUUGUUUAUGAAUCAGUAAGAAUGUAUAAAUGGUUCUGCACAGCAUACACCCUUUUUCUUAAGAGUGCAGUGCUUUUGUUAUUGUAUUCACUGGAGGAAGUUAUAUUGUUGAUCACUGAAGUGUUACGAGUAUUCAGUGAGGGAAUCUCAUUGUAACAGGGACACUUGCAAGUCUGAUAGGUUGUGUUUCUGUUUUGUUUUUUUUUUUGGACAUAAGAUAAUAUUCAAGGGAAUGAUGAGACUGAUACCUUUUGGUCUCAUUGUGAUCCCAUGGAUUCAAAAUGUGCAGGUGUGAAUAUGUUUGAAGAAGGUAAUUGCAUUUCUUGGUUUUAUAUGUCUCACUUUAUGGACCUGUGAAAUUGCUAAAUGAAUAAAUAUAAUCAUAAUAUUAGCAAUAAAUCAGAACAGUAAAAGUCUGUUCCAAACUUGU